AUGAAAAUACCAAAAGAAACUCAAAAGAAAGAUGAUAGUGAUGCUUACAACGAUUGGUGUCACGGUGAAGAUUGUUGGCUGGAGCAGGAAGCCAGGAUGGAGCUAGUUGUAUGUUGUGACGAAAGAAGCACGGAGGGAGUACAAAUCCUUGGGCUAUUGUGUCUCUUGUUGCUGCUUUUUUUUUUUGCACUGACUAUUGCUCAAACUGUAUACUCUGCUGGACAAUUUUAUCAAAUCCUAAGCCCAACUAAUAACUCACCACCUAUUUUACCAGUUACUCCAAGGCCUCGUCAUCUAUAA